AAUGAUGAAACGUAGGCGGGCCUAGUAGUCCCUUGGGGAAAGAAAGACCACGAAAUGCAAUGGGUUUGCCCAUCUUGAAAAGAUUUAAAUACGUCAUCUGCAUAUAUGUAUAUGUGCAGUUCAUUGAACUGUGAAACAAGUUCUAUGGUAGUUUUAUGGACUGAUUGACAUAAACAGAUACCAACAAUUCAAAAGAUCACAAAACAAUAAAAUUCCAAAACUAAACAUCGUUGAUUGAGCGUGAGAUGCAGCCGUUCAUCCCACGGGCGACCUAUAAAAGAUGCGGCAAAUGCACCCAAAGCGAACAGAAGCCAAGCGACUGCAAUGGCAAGCGGAACCUGCACACUUGGUGCCUCCUGGUGGCUGCUGCUGCUGCUGCUGCUGUUAGGCGGAGCGCUCCUCAGUAUUCAAGCGGCGCCCACUGAUUCAGAAAUCGCUGCAACGUCUGAAGAGCCGCUUGCUGAAUCACGUUCCCAAAAACAGGAUCAGGACGUCUUGGAUGUCGAUGAUGACUUAGAUGGGCGCAGUGCAUAUGUCAAUAAUCAGUUUGUGCCCAGUGAACCCGUCGAGCUAGUGGAUGAUGAACAGAAUGCGCCACUCUAUGAAAUACUGCAAAAGCAAAUGGAGCAAGUGCUUGCAGCCACUGGCCCUGAUGUGCCCAUCUAUGAGGAUGAGAAAUCGAAGCGGCAGCGCGUUCAACAUCCGCCCAACAAGCCACUUUUCACUAACAACGCAGCAGACGCGGAUGACGACUAUGUGGACGAGACUGCGCAAGAGCCGGAGCAUGGCUAUGGUGAGGCAGAGAAGCCAGACGCAGCCACUGAAGAGGAGCUGCCCGAUGCAGGCUAUCAAGUUCCAGCACUGAGUGCCAGCAGCGCUAAGCCCACGAAUAGCAUAACUACACAGCCUCCGAGUAGCAGCAGCACCACCACCAUACGAAAUCGUCCACAGCGUAGGCGGACAACCACGUUGCUACCAAGAACCACUCGAGCCAGAGCCGGCACACAAUCAAAAACGAGCAUCACAACGCAAAGCUCAGUCAAUCACACAGAGCUCACAACUAGCACCACCACGGCAGCCCCUCCAGCAACGAGCCAGAAGCCUCGUCCACACACCAAGCCCAUGCCCAGUAGCAUUCUGCCACACGAUCCGCAAAUCUACCAGCACAAGCGUCGCAUUAUUUUCAAAACUAUCUCGACAGGCUCACAGUUCGUCAACUCUCCCAUAGGUGAUCUUAUGAUCAAAUUCUCUAUAGGUUUUGCCAAGCCUGCCCCAGGCGUCACUCCAUCCAACGAGGCAAUACGCACUCUGUCCCAAAACUUGCUGCGUAGCAUAGAACUACAAAAGCUGAAAAGAAUUAAUAAAAUACAAAGGGAUUAAUAAAUUUCGCUAUAUUACUAUAACAUGGUGGCAGCUUAAAGGCUAGAUAAAGAACUAAAUAGUUGAAAGCACAACAUAGUUGCAAAAGAUAAAAGUGAAAUAAAAUAUGUACUUAGUAUCCAGUUGCCACUAUGAUUAAACUUUUAGUUAACAUACUUUUUUUAGCUGCCUGAUAUUUAUUAGAUGAAGGAGAGGCUGGCUUUUAUUCUCGACUCAAUAUGAGAUCAAGAUAUCAAACUCUUCGGUAUAAACCCAGCCUUACCUUUUACCUUAACAUUCUGGAAUAUAACAACUGUUAGUUACACGAUUGUGGUUGUUCUUAAGCUAAGAGUAGGAUUACCAGUGCAAUUGCCCAUUCGAGUUUAUCGUUUGCAUUUCAUACAUUAAAGUCAGUUUUUUUGCUUUGAGCUUGAAGCAUUACAAAAA